AUGCGGGGAUCUGAGGCAUCGGGGCCCGGUGCUCUCUUUGAUGCUCCCUCGACUCUUGCCACGUCCCUUGGAAUCAAUCCCACCGCUGCUCCUGAACCCCCUCCGACCGAUCCCAAAUUAGUCGCCUCCAACAUCGAGCAAGUCUUGUUGUCCAUGUCAGAAGGCAAUGGCGGUCUAGUUAGCGUCAGUGGCAACUCGUCGGGUUCUACCGGCAAGGGUAUCCUGAUAGGCGUCCUCUCUGCCUUUGGGUCCGCUGCCGUUGCAGUGCUUGUACUCGCCGUCUUCUUUUUCUUCAAAUACACUCAGCGUGGUAGAAUCAUUCUCGAUCGCAUCGGCCGACCGGGUGAAUUCGACGAUGAACAAGCGUUUGCGCGCGAGGAGGCGGAAGCCUUGGAGACGAUGGAUGAUCUCACGCGAUCGGAGUAUAUGAGAGCGAAGGCCUUCAUCGAAGCCAAUCCGCCCGAGUCCGUACAAACCGACAUAUCGCUCUCUCAAUUCCUCGCGAUACAAGAAAAAGGAGUAUCGGCUUGGGAAUUCCAACCAGAGCUGGAAAUUGCCAAUUGCUUUGUUGAAGGCCGUACGGAAAUCGAGUUCUACGACUCGGAAUGCAGCGUCCAGACCAAUUUGCCUGUUCCGAAACAGAAUGACGUCUAUUACUGGGAGGCUAAGAUCUACGACAAACCUGAUAAUACUCUUAUCAGUAUUGGGAUGACUACGAAACCGUAUCCCUUGUUCAAAUUACCAGGUGCGUCUUUGGGUGUCUCGUUGGGGGGAGAUACCGGUCAUCCCACGGUCGCUAAUUUGUUGCUUAUGAUGUCAGGCUUCCACAAGACUUCGGUCGCAUACCAGUCCACGGGUCAUAGGAGGCACAACCAGCCGUUUGCACCAACACCAUAUGGUCCUCACCUUCUGCAAGGUGAUGUGAUCGGCGUAGGGUAUCGGCCUCGCUCGGGUACGAUCUUCUUCACUCGCAAUGGCAAGAAGCUGGAGGACGUCGUUCACGGUCAUAAAGCGCAAAACUUCUUCCCCACUGUUGGAGCCAAUGGGCCUUGCUCUGUCCAUGUGAACUUCGGUCAGAUGGGUUUCGUGUUCAUCGAGGCCAACGUCAAGAAAUGGGGUCUGGCCCCUAUGACUGGUAGCCUGGCUCCGCCUCCGCCUUACGGCAGCGAGCAAGGCAGUAUCCUACUAGAGUCGGGUCGGGAGAGUGCAGCUCAGAUUUCCCAACGGGUUUACCAGGAUGCCAAUAAUGCACGCACCAGUUCGACUGUCCGUGUUGCGCCAUCUGCCAGUCCCGGCCCUGUGCGGUCACCCACCGACAUUUCCUUGGCUCAGCUUGCCCACAUCCCGUCGAACGAGGACGUUGGCGAAGGAUCCAGUCGAACCAACGUCGUCGAUGGUGAGCAAGUCCCCUUGUUGCAUACAGACGAUCUCGACCAAGUCCCACCUCCCGAGUAUUCCAGUCCGGACGGCAGUCGGAGAGGCAGCGAAGACCUACACUCUGACGAACAGCCUCCGAUACCUAGCUACGACGCUGCUGUUGGCAACCGCGACGGUCACGGCACGCAUCCUAACGAGACUCCUUGA